GUUUUUUGGCCAAUUGCUAAUAACGAAGAGUGGCGCCUGACCGAAACCCAAUAAGACUAUUUACUCUUCUUAAUUUCCUCCAUUACCAUCCUCUUCCUCGCUGCAUUUCAUUCCCUAACAAUGGCCAAGGAGUUCUCCGUCCCACCGGUGAUCUUUCCCUCUGGUGGCAAUCCCUCCACCACCACUCGCGUCCCCACGGCGCCGUUUCAACCCAACCGCCCCGCCGCCAGCUCCGCCAUCCCCUUCAUGUCUUUCGACAUUGGAACUUCUGCCCCGGCCUACACUGGCUCCAUCUCCACGUCAUCAUCUUCUGGACCCACUUCCUUUGAGGACGAAGAACCCCUCCUCGACGAACUCGGCAUCCACCCGGAUCAAAUCUGGAAAAAAACCAGAUCAAUCCUGAACCCUUUCCGGGUCAACCCGAAUGUUCACAAAGAUUCGGAUCUUUCUGGACCGAUUGUUCUUUACCUAGCUUUUGGACUCUUUCAACUCCUCGCUGGCAAGCUCCAAUUUGGAGUGAUUCUCGGCUGGAUCGUCGUGUCGUCGAUCUUUUUGUACGUGGUUUUUAAUAUGUUAGCGGGUCGGAGCGGGAAUCUGGAUCUGCACACUUGUACCAGCGUAGUUGGCUACUGUAUGUUGCCGGUCGUGAUGUUGGCGGCGGUGUCGUUGUUCUUGCCUCAGGGCGCAGUGGUUCGGUUCGCCGUGGCGGGGUUUUUCGUGUUGUGGGCGAUGAGAGUUUCGACGAAUUUGAUGGUUUCGCUUGCUGAUGGAGGCGAGGAGCAUCGUGGAUUGAUUGCGUAUGCUUGUUUCUUGAUCUAUUGUUUGUUUUCGCUUCUUGUUAUAUUUUGAAAGAAAUCUAAAGUGUGGGUGGUUUUUAUAGAUGUAUAUGAAGGUUUGGAUUAAUUUUUUUUUUUUUUUAUGGUUCUUGAAGAGAAAUGAGAUGAUUGACUUUUUUUACGGUUUUUGUUAUAACAAUAUUUUGUAUUUUGAUUGAA